AUGUCGCGAAGCGCCGCCGCGUCUCCCUCGACCGCUCGUCGCAGCGCGCCGCAAUGGACGUCGCAUCUCCGCCAGAUCAGCAAGACGAGCUUCGACAGGGCCUCGCUAGACUCACCGCGUUCCCCCGACACCGUCUCCAGCUCGUCGACCAUCCGCGAGUCAAAUUCGGCCAAGAGAGUCGCCGAGCGCACCUGUAUCGUGUCCAUUAACGAGUCCCUGCUUGGCGACGAUGUACUUCUUAACCUCGAGCUACUGGGAGGGGGUAUCAAGCCCGGUGCCUUGAUGUCCAUCACGGCCUUGAAGGGGGAUCAGGACAGGGCAACUGGCCCACAUGGGUCUCUGAGGCCCAACGCGUCCUUCCAUCGGCUACCCUCCGCACCCGACUUCUCUAAACUCGAAGGCAACGCAGACAAGCGAUACAUAUUCGUGGUGAAGGAUAUGUCCAAGGAACUCAGGGCUAGGCAUCCUGGUGUCGAGGUUUACGUAGCCAAGAACAUCAGCGAUGCCUUUGCUAUCAAAAAGGGAACCCAAGUCCUGCUGGCCCCCGUCGACGACCACGCCCCGGCCAUCGAGGCCUCACAUGUCGAACUGUCCUUUAAGGACAUGUAUCUUUCACGCUCCGACAUGUGGAGGCUAGCUGUGUCGGACCUCGCUGAUAGGACUGUCUACAAGGGCCAAGUGGUCUUCUUCCUGGGUACCAUCAAGGCCACCGUCACUACCGUCUUUGUUGAAGGCCGCAAGGUUCAGUCCGCGUUUUUUGGCCGCAACACACGCCCCAUUUUCCGCAGCGAAUCCGCCAGAUAUGUGCUGUUCAUUCAAAUGGCGCGUGAGAUGUGGGACUUUGAUUCUGACGGUUCCGGCGAGAUCAUGUUCUACAAAGUCGUAAACGGAUUUCUGCCUGCCCUCUUCAAGAAAUGGGCCUUGCUACAGGUGAAACAUCUAGUCAGUAUCGUGUUAUUCGCAAGAGUAGAGUAUGAUACGGGCCUUAACACGGAAUUCGCGAAUACCUCUCUCCAGGACGAUUACUACACGGGUUUCCAAGCCUCAGGAGAUCGACGACCAUACAAGGACUUUUACCGCGUUGUAGUGAGUGAAAUGUCGAGUGGUGAAUGGACCACCAUCCUGCACCAACUUAAGCGCGAGUUCAACAUCUUCCGCAAAGAUAUCAGCCUGCAUCAUCUUGAUGCAAUGAGCAGCGGCGCCAAGACACCAGUCGAAGAUGUCCCGCCCAGAACUGCUUCUGCUACCAGGAUCAAGGCAGAAUCGUCUCUGGCUAUGUACGGCAACUUCCUCGAGGCCAUCAACCUUGCAUCUUCCCAAUAUGCACAUGACUACAUCGAUCGAGACUUGCUGCGCACCGGCAUCUCCAUUGUUGUCAUCAGUCCAGGGACUGGCGUGUUCGAGGUUGAGUAUGAGAAUCUACGGCGAACAACGGAAGCUCUGAUCGGGAAUGGCAUAGGCAUUGACUUGAUCUGUAUCCCCAAGAUACCGCUCCAUUCAGUGCCAUUGUUUCGAUACCGGAACCCGCUCUUCCUCAACGGCAACCAGCGCGCACAAAAUCAAUCCGUACGUAGUAGGGACAGUACCCCAAAGCAGCCCACCCCCCUGGUAGGCAGCUACACCACUUUGACUGAAUCCUUGUCUCCGACGAAAGCCUUGGAUGUCGCAAGUCGCCUUGAUCCACUUGCUAAACUCUGUGCUGACGAGUGGGCUUUUGCGUUGCCUCAGUGGCUUCACGUCUCGUACUGGACCGGCAAGUCGGAGGAGGCUCUUUCAUUCCAGGGAAUCGCCUUGUCCGCAGAUGGGUACGCUCGCAAAGAAGCACAGGAAGAAUUCACAAUUAGGUGUCGGCUGUACGAUUUACAAAUGAGAAGUGUAUUGGAGACGAACGAAAUAGAGACGACACCGCUGCACGCAGAUCCAAAGUUUCCUAGCAAGACGAUCAAUUUGGAGGACAAUCAAAAGUCACAACCUUUGUCCACAAUGCCUCGCAAAGUGCCUGAGGCAUUGUUCGAUCCUGUAUACGGCUUUCAAAAGUUUGUACCCGACAAGUUGACCAAGAGUGGUGGAGACUCGUUGUGGAAACAAUUGCAAGCUUUUGAUGAAUCUCGGGCUCGACUGCCAGCGUCACGUAGCAUGUUGGCCAUUGUGAAAUCCACAAGAGAUCUCGACGAGGCCACCCGCAGACCACUCAUGCAGGAUACCGGGUUAUUUGGAUCCUCUAUGGGUGAGAAAAAACCCGAGCUUCCACUUGGCGGCUUUUCUUCCAGUUUUGUCCCUGUGGAUCGAGUCGCCGCCCCAGCAGUCUCUAAUACUGUCACUGCAGGAGGGUCUCGAAGAAAAUCAACAACUAUGGGCUCGCAGCCCAAGAUAACACCUACGAAGAUGCCAAAGUUCAUGAGGCAGGUCAGUCUGGGCCACAAAGGGUUUGGCGUCGCAGCGCCGACAACAGCGAUUGCCGAAGUCAGGACGGAGCAUGCGAGUGGCAAGCAAUACAGGCCGAAAGUUACGACCCCGUCCGUGACAGCCCCCGCGAUGCCUGUCAUGGUUACCACCAACUCGCCGAGAAUAGUACCUAGCGAUAGAUCUCUGCGACCGCUCGAACAGUUUGACUCCGAGUUAUCGGACCAGCUCCACGAUCUCGUUCGGAAUACACCUAGCAGGCCGAUAUCAAUUAGGGCGUCGUCUGUGGAUCCUGGAAGUUCAAACCAAUCGAGGUCUGCAAACAUCAAAGCAGCUGGGUCGGCUUUAGCAACACCGGUUUUCAGGGGUACCAGACCCAGGGAAGACCACGAUGAACAGUUCUCCAGCGCUUUGAGAGCCGAAGAUGCGCAAAAGCUCUUCAACAAUAAGCUUCUUGCAGGCGCCAUUCCAGAGCUACCAUCGACCCUUUCUCCUACCACGGCCAUGGCUCCGUGGCUCGUUGUUCUUAACCCGUCGAAUCCCGAUGUCAACAAGGUGGACGACGCAAUCCUUUUUAGUAGAUGGCAGCACGUUUUCCCCCGACCGUCUGAGAUGAAAGUCAUGAAGUGGAAAUCUAUCUCAUCACCGGCGGCAGUUCCCCUAACCACAGAGUACUUUCCCUCUAAGGCUCAGUUCGACACCGAGUAUCAGCGUCAACCGUACAACAUCGCCCAGAACGUAGAAGAUGACCUAUCUGAGGAGCCCAAGUCGCGUGAAGCCUUCUUGCGGGAACUUAUCAGUGCCAGGUUUGCCCACGGCUUUCAAGUUGUUAUUGGCCCUAGUGUGGCCAGGGCUCUAGGCCAGAAAGUUGUCAAGAUCGCCGAUAUCUUCUCGCGGGAUCACAUUGUCGAAGACGGCACAAGCCUGUUCAUGAGUAUUGGAAACACCAUCCACCAACUCUCAUGUGUUAAUGGCACCGAAGUUGAAGUUAAUAUUUUCGUUCGGAAGCCCACCGAGUCGUCUGGACAGGCCGACCAGCCGGCGGCUCUUUACAAGCCAGCCAUUUGUACGCUCCUCGACUCCGCGUAUGAGGACAGGCAGAUUGAUAUCUUGACGCCAAAACCCGAGAAGAACUGGAACUAUAUUGACUCGUACCUAGCCGGCCACACUGACGAAAUGACGGAUAAUCUAAGAUUUUGGCGGGCCCGUUUCGUCCUCAUACCCAUGCAUUCUCGGAGCAUGUCCGUUUCCAAAACCCACCAGAACGGCGACAACGAGGAGGAGGUUCGCCUUGAAGGGAUCAAGCGGCUGGCUCAGACGUGGCAGCGGCAUCGUUACGUGCCACCAUCUGAACGUCAUUUCCAGAGCGCAGGCGCAAGGAAAGCGAGAGACCCGAACCCUCUUGACAUUGUCUACAAGACCGAGGAUUCGUCGGUAGUUAUUGCGGCAGAAUUGGAGACCCUUCCAUUGUUCGAGAACGUAGACACUACCCAUAGGAAGGGCCAGCUGAUAUCCAGCCGGGAGCGUUUUUCGAAAAAGGGGUUUGACGUUGCUGCUCUUGCGGAGGCGAUUCAGCAACCGGCAGAAAAUGGGGGCAUUCGGAUGCAGAACCGGCGAUGGCAUCUUCGUCUUCAUUACAACUGCUUCAUCGGUUCGGAUAUGACGACCUGGCUCUUGGACAGCUUUGAGGAUCUUGAGAGUCGAGAAGAAGCUGUCGAGCUUGGAAAUUCAUUGAUGGUCUACGAUGACGAGAAGCACAAGGAUAGAGAUAGGGACGCUCCCAAAGAGCUUAAGAAGGAUCGUGGCAUAUUUGUUCAUGUUGAAAGGCGGCAUCCAUUCCGCGAUGGUCAGUUCUUCUACCAGAUUGCCACCGAACAUGCCAAACCGCAUCCUCCGGGCUGGCUCUCUAUAAGAAGAAGAGACCCGUCUGUUCCUUCGACUCCACUUUCAGAGCAGAUUCCAAGAGACUCUCCUCGGACUGGCCUUAGCAACAUGUCGCGGCCAACAUCCAUCCACGAAGAGAACUCGCCUGUGUCCGGUGCCUCGACUCCGACUGUGCCAGGAACCGGCAACAACAGGAAGCCUAAAGUUGUACUAAGCAAGGUGAUGAAGUACGACGUCGAUCAACGUAGAAAGUCGUAUCGACCUGAACGGAUCAACUUGCACUACGACAGGCUACACAAUCCCGACAACUGCUACCAUAUUCGCAUAGACUGGAUGAACGUUACGGCCAAGCUGAUUGAGGACGCCAUUAAGCUGUGGGCAGGCAUUGCAGCACAGCAUGGUCUGCGCCUUGUCGAGGUGCCCAUCGCUGAAGCUUGCACAAUUACCGAGGUCAACCCGUUCAGAAGGCCCUACACUGUCAAGCUUGCACUGCCUCCGCCAAGUCAGCGUCCCGUCACGUACUAUGAUCCCAACUCAUUCACCCCACAGGCGCCGCCAGGUAAACACUUUUACCAAAAGGCCCUUUUGCGGAAGUUCGACUUUGUGUUGGACGUGGAGGCAGCGUCGAACUUCCCUGGAGACGUAGAUGUGAGUUAUUCAUGGGGCAAGCCGGACUUUAAGUACACACAGUACAUCCACCGCUCUGGUGUGUUGCUGGCCGAGAUCAUGGACGACGGAAACUUCCUAAUCCUUGCCAAUCGAGUCUACACGAAUCGGGGAGCAGCGUCCCAGCAGGCUCCACCGCGUACCGAGCCGCUGCCCAAUGAGCGUGUGUCACGCCUCAUGGCUACUCCAGCAUACACGAGUUAUGGAAUGGCGGAGCCGACACCCAUGUCCAGUCCCAUGUUCAGGCCUGUGCUGUUCACUUCGGCACAACAGGCAUCAAGAGCAGCGGUUUCGGAAGCUGCGUCCACUCAGGCCAAACCCGGGGCAACGCCGAAGUAUCACCUGGGCGAGCCUGAGUCAGUUCUUGACAAUCUAGAAGCCUUUUGCUCAGAUGAGGAGGCACUCGAAAGUUUCUACAAAGAAACAUUAGAGAAGGUACCAACGGCUGCUACACCUGCCAGCACUGCAACCGCACCGGUACAGGAUGGUGAACCAGAUUCCGACUCCGGGAUCCCGGUGCUUGGGCUGCCUCCCGGCGUGCUUGGCAGCGGAGCUGAUGAGUUGGGUAUUAGUCCCAGCCCACGGCUAGGGACACCUAGUAACAUGACUGGAUCUCUGUUCUUUAGGCGAGGCAGUGCGCAGUAUCAGAGAGCGAACGGGAGAGAGCUGACGAGAGACCACGGGACGGACGAACAAUAA